AUGGGAUUUGUUAAUCCUGGUAAACCAUUAUCAACAAAACCGAGUAAGAAACAAAUUAGAGUAAAAAGAGUUAGAAAUGCAUCAGUUAAUAAUCAUGCUGCUAAAAAACCGAAAGUUUUACAUUUCACAUUUAAUUCAUUAUCAAGUGAUAUAAUUAGAAAGAUAUUUAUAUUUGCAGGGCCAAAUAACUCAUUACCUUUAGUUAAUAAAAGAACAUAUCAUGCUUUAAAGUUUAAUAAAGAUUCAUCAAAUACAUUGUGGGAAAAUUAUUCAUUAGUUUUAGAAAUGAUUAAAGGUUAUUUUUUAAUUGAUUUAAGCACAAGAUUAAAUUUUGAUAUUUUAAAUGAAAAAGUCAAAUUUUAUGAGACAAAGAUAAAUAAAUUAAGAGAACCGCGUGUUUUUCAAAAUCAACAUUACAAGAGGAUAUUAAAGAAUUUGAAAAUUACCAAAGAGUGGAUUGAAAUUUAUCAAAAGGUGGAGUUUAAAUAUUGCUUACUUGAUACUUUACUUAACUACAAAUUUAUCUCAGUUAGAUUACUAGAAUCACUCAAUUCAUCUACAUUUGGAGGAAAAGGUACUACAUUAUUAUCAUUUAAAACUAUGGAAGAAGUACAAUUAAAUACAGUUCAACGAUUAAGAUUUUUCAGAUGGAAAUUUAAAGAAUUAGGUACUCAUUAUUCUCACCUCCUCAAAGAUUUAAGUGAUGUACCCGAAGAAACAGUUGAUUUUGAAAGAUACAACAAUUAUAAAGAGUACUUUAAAUCUAGUUGUAAAGAUUUAGAAGAAGCAUCAAAUCCUCAACUUCCAUAUUAUGACGAUGAAGCAUUACCAAGUGAAGGUUUCUCCGCAUUUAGCAAUUUAUUAAAUUUCCAGAAUGGUUAUGUCCAUGGAACUGGUUUCUUUGGAGAACAAGAAAAUACUGUUGGUAGAUUUAGAAUACCUGAACGAAUAUUUAAUUUAUCAAGGUUAAACUUAUUACAAUAUUUAAUUGAAAAUUAUACAUAUGGAACUAUAGAUGGUAAUCUGGUAUUACUUAAAGUUUUAACUCCUGAUAUCCCCAAAAUUUAUGGAAGUUUAAUUUGUAAGGUCAAUGAUUAUAAAUAUAAAUUUACAGAAUCAAUAAUAGAGGCUUUUAAAUUCUACAAUUUUAAAAAAAAUAAAAAUUUAACCCAUUUAAUUAAACAACUACUUGCAUAUUUUUUCACAUUUAAUGAUGAUAAUGAAUAUGAUAAACGACAAUUAUGGAAAACAGCAAUGGAAUUAAAGAACUUUAAACUUACCAAUUUAUUAUCAAAAUAUGAUCAAAAUCCAGAUUAUGAUUUAA